AGUCAGGGGUUGAACGAAGUGGGAAAGAAACAAGUGAAGCUGUGUUUCAGAAGCCACUGGGAUAUUGUCGUACCAAAACAGAAACAAGCUGCAACCGCAUUGGAUGUGGAAGCAGACUAAUGAACUGCCAAAAAAAGCUUGAAGGUUUGCUGCCCUAAUGCUGUAAACAGGUGGACUUGUAAGAGUUUUAUAUUUGGAAGUGGAUCCUGGAAGCCAUUCAAAGAAAUGUAAAUGUAGUUGUGCCCUGUUCCUUGGCCUGGAGGUGUAAUGCAUCUUGGUCAAUGUUAUAGUGACGACCAUCCUUAGUAAAAGAAGGUCUCUGAACCAUGACACAUCUCUAAAUGACAUUAAAAAAGGUUUAAUGGAAGAUGAAAAAAAGCCUCUCCCUCUGUAAAACACAUUUUGGAUUUGUGUACAAGUGAUUCGCCUUUGCUUUGGGCAACAUGGAGACGCUUUCACAAGACUCCAUCCUGGAAUGCCAAAUUUGUUUCAAUUAUUACAGUCCCCGACGAAGGCCAAAACUGCUAGACUGCAGACACACAUGCUGCUCAGUGUGUCUCACUCAGAUGAGGACCAGUCAAAAGGAAAUAAGGUGCCCGUGGUGCAGAGGAGUGACCAAACUGCCAGCUGGUUUCUCGAUAUCCCAGCUACCUGAUGACCCAGAGAUUGUUACAGUUAUUGCCAUUCCACACGCCUCAGAACAUACACCAGUCUUCAUCAGGCUCCCUAGCAAUGGAUGCUAUAUGCUACCACUCCCCAUUGCCAAGGAAAGGGCAUUGUUGCCAGGUGAUUUAGGCUGUCGUCUUUUACCAGGAAGUCAGCAGAAGGCAGCUGCAGUGGUGACCGUCCCUGAGCAGCAACCUCUACAGGGCAUGCCAGUCCCAGAAAAUGAAGAAGAGGAAGUAGAAAGGAGAGGAGGUGUGAAAAGCUCCACCUGGUCCGGUGUCUGCACUGUCAUACUGGUGGCCUGCGUCCUCCUUUUUCUGCUUGGCAUUGUCUUGCACAACAUGUCCUGCAUAUCAAAGAGAUUUACUGUCAUCUCCUGUGGUUGAGAAGAUGCCAGGGUGGGGAAGAACAAUGGCAUAUGUGUGUGUGUUCAAACAGGGUGGGAUGACUGACUGUGGAGAAAAGUCAGUAUUGUCACUUAGAAAAUCUUCUGCAUUCCAUUGCUGUGCAAAUCACAGGCGCUGGGCUGCAGACAUAAUUGCAGAAGCCUUUCUUUAAAGCUGCCCCUCAAAUCCAUCCCACCACUGCUGCAUAUCAAAUAGGAAUGUGAUCGAGAAGGCAUUAAGAGUUUAAUUUAACUUCUGUUUGGCCCUCUCUGUAGUAGAGGACAUUGCAUGCAUCACUGCAUAAGUGAGAGGUCUACAAACAAGAAGGAGAGCAAAACUUUGAUGAAACAAUGCCCCCAGGAAGCUUCUGCAUUUGGCUGAAGAUGCAGUGUACAAAUCAAAUAGAAGUUGUAUUUAUUACUGGUAUUGCAGUAUGUAAAUAUUUAGAAAAGAAUUUCCAUCACAAAUGUUGUGCUGUAAACAUAAUGCUACACAGCAGUGUGGCUUUGUGUUUAUUUUUUUUUAUUUUUUUGUUUCCCCUUUUUUUUUCCAAUCCAGUUUCUGAGGUAAACGUAUUCUUGAUGUUGCUAAAGCUUAGAUUUUAUCCAUCUAUUAUAUAUUAUAGUCUAGACUGGUAAGACAGUCAUGUCUAAAAGAUGGAAUGUGAUAUUAUAUUAAUACCAGCAGUUAAGGCAGAAGCACAGACUGUUAUUUAUAAGAGAAAAUGUUGUCAUGGUGCCAUAAAAUAGAUUUUUUUGUCUUUCUUGCAUUCCCUAUCUUCUGGUUAAUGUAUUUAGGGAACUAUAUGGUUGAGAAUGGGAAUAGAACUUUUGUAGAGUUCAAAAUAAAAUGUAUCAGGAUCGUAAGCAUUGCUAUUAGAAACCAAAUGAGCUUGUUGAACUGAACAGUGUCCUCUCUAUUAAGAGGCUGAUAUUCAGCCUCAGAAUCAAAGAUAUAGGAAGCAUUUGCUUUAUUGCACUGUUCGCUCCUGCUUCCAUUGACCUGAGUAAAGGAUGUUGUCAACAAUUGUACCUCAACAAGUCGCGGUUUCUUCUUCUUUGCUUCGUGACAAUAUGCCAUGGUCCAUGACUCUUCAGCAGUGCGUGAUGUACUGUUUGAGUUUGUUUCUGAAACUCAGCCAGGUGAAAAGAAACUAAAAAGCUUUCCAUAAAGGCAUGGGGAGCGAGAGGCCUGUCACUUGAGAAUGUGCCACAUGUCGUACAAUUUGGGGUAUAGCAAAAUGUCUUACACUGUUGACACAGUGCCAAAAACAAAAUCAGCAGUGUGCAGUAAAAAGGCACAUGGUAUUUAUUUGGGUUUUUUUGUGACUUGUGUAUUAGCUUGUUUAACUUUACUUUCUGUGAUGGGGGUGGGAGUUUGCUUCCUGACAGAUCCAGUAUCCUAGGUUUGAAUCUCACACCAGGUUGUUGGCUGAAUGGAUGUUGAACACUCUACCUUUGUCUACAUGGAUUUUUCUUUUGUUAAUAUGGUUUUCUCCCUCAUCUCCAAAGAUGUGUAUGUUAGGUGGUUUGGUAAUUGUUAAAUUCUCUUUGUGUGGAUUAGACAGUAUUGUGGUUGUUUAAAAACAAACAAAAAUGAAUAAACAACUGAGCUACAUUUAGAUUAGACUCAGUAAGUCCCUCAUGGUCUAGGCAGAGUUUUCCACCUUUCCCAGAUAAUCACUAGAGUUGGCAUCCUAGAUGUCACCAUACAGACCUGAAAGUUAAGACCAGAAUGUUAUACAUAAAACUGUAUCCUGAAAAAAUAUAAUUUAGAGCUGUUGAGUUAUACAAGUAUUUAAAUAUCAGACUGAAAUGUUAAUAGCUUUAUUCAUCUGUCACAAACUGGGCCUUUCCACUAGGACAGCUUAUAGAUCAUAUGAAACCUCUCCUCUAUUCACUGUAAGCUGAUCACUAGUUACUUGCCUGUAUUAUAUAAUUCAUUUUAAAACGGGAUUAUUCUGAACCUCUUGCAAAUAGCUCUUGUCUUAAAUGCUUGAUUUAAGAUGCAGUAUAUCAAAACAAAUAUAGUUUUUAUAAAAUCAUCCAUUGGGGCUAGUGUUGCAGCGCUUAGCAGUGUUACUUUGUAGCUUCAGACUCCUGGGUUUGAUUCUUGACUCGACCCGUGACUCUUUGGCAUUUGUUUAUUCUCCUCCUCGCCUGAAGUUUAUUCCAAUUUGCCAAACAUCUGCAUGGUAGGUUGACUCCUGUGUUAAAGUGUAGGUGUAAAAGUGGCAGUGUCCUGUGACUGAAAGGCAUUCUGCCAGGGUUGGUCAUUGCUUUAAGACUGGUAUUGCCAAGAUUAUAGUUACCUGUGGCCAUGUAGAGACAAAUGGGUAUUCCAAAAAUGGUUGGAUGGAUAGGCGAAGACAUGGACGAGCCUGCUUUAGUGAUGCAGAUAUCAAACAGAUUAUGAAAUAUAUUACAUGUUGUUUAGAAUUGUACCAUCUCACACCUAAUAAAAUACCACCCUCUCCUCCAACUGCUUGUGAGGCAUCUUAUAAAUCAUUCCAGCCAUGUGAGCAUCCUUCAGGCAAAGGAUUAGAGAAUUAAUGCUUCCAGUCCCUUUUCUUUUUUUAUUCUAGUAAUAAGAUGAGAGCCAAUGAAACAAGUGAGCUCACAGUAUAUUCUAUAAAAAAUACAGUUAAUGCUUUCAAGUACAAAUUAUGUCAUUUUGUUUAUUAAAAAGUAUUAAACUGUAGUCUUCUAAAUGUUGUGUUUUCAAACAUGGAUGUAUCUGUCAUAUGUUCGAUGUUGUCAUGACUUUCUGGGCUGCAUCACCAGUGUGUAUGUGUUUUCAGUAUGUGUGUAUUUGCAGGUCCCUAUACAGUAAUAUACAGUAUUUCAGUAGUUUGGCAUCUGAAUAUAUGUUAGUGCAGAUCCUCAGUGAGAACAGAGUGGCUAACCUUAGUUUAUCUGCUGUUUAGAAGUGGAGCCUUGUUAAAGGACAAAUACAAGGCCAAAAGGUGAAAUUUGUGAUAGCAUUUCUUCCUGAACCUUCCUUUUUGAGUGAUGCUUUACAAGUAUACUUUUGUCCAAUUGAUUACAACCAAAAAAUCAAAUCCAAACCCAUUUUUUAGGUUGAAAAGCAAAGAAUGCUUUUGUUGUUUGUUCAGAAGUCCUAAAGCCAUAGAGAUUAUGCUUCGUUCAAGACAAGCCACUGUAUUUCCCUUGGUUUUUAAUUGGGGGAUAUUUUAAGUCUGUCUAACCAUGAAUCAAAAUAAUACUCUUUAAUAUUUCUGUUUUUUCAAUAAAGAAAGCAUAUAAAUAAUAUCAAUUUCUUCUUUAUCAAAAAGUAGACUUUUAUAAAAGUGUGCCAGCAUUAUAAUGAACAGAUGCAAAUGGCAAUGGGUUUUACAAAUUAUUGGUAAAGUAAUAUGACUGACCGUAAAUUCAGUGGCUUAUUUAUUGUUAUGUACAUGUGUGCAUAUUAACAUUUAUCGUAAGGAAUUUUGCACCGUUUUAAAAUUUUGUUAGUUUAGUUAAGAAUUACAGCCAGCUGAUAUUAACCAUGCAGGCAACCUUUAUUACUCUCACCAUCAUUCACAGGAGAUAUUAUAUGCACCAAAACAGUGUCAUAAGGUAACUCACCCGCUCUGUUUGGCAACAGCUGAUGGCUAACAUCAAUAAAUAAAUAAGUAUUUAUGCAUGUAUACUGCACUGCUUAUGAACUUUCCUUAAUAGUUUCAUGCCUUCUAUAGUUGGAUUUAAAAGUAAAAAUAAAAGAGACUUUGCUAAAUAGCACAUAUAAAAUAUGUGAUGUUGAAAUAGAAUCAUGCAAUUUAUCGGUAUAUAUUGACAUCCAUGACACUAUCCACUAUUUCUUCAAAACUAGUAAAAAGAAAAGAAUGUUUUAUACCUUUUAUAAAACAAAUUUUACAGAUUUAGAAAGUAUAAAGAGUAAAAGAGCACCUAGAGUAGUUCACAAAACAGCACAUUAGUUUUGUAGAAAUUACAUUGUGAACUGCAUUGCUCAGUCUAAACUGUCCUUGUGACCUGAUUUAUAUUUCUCCUUUGGGACCCCUCUUCUAAAUUAUGAAACAUUUUUUAUAAAAAAUACCACUAGUGCUUUUAUUCCCCAAUACUUAUGCCUUUGAUUUAUAACAUGCACAUUUCUAUUCAGUUCAAAUGGAUUUCUGAAAAGCCUUCUCUUGACACAUAUAUUACUGUUGAAAUGUAAUUGUUAGUUUUAUGUGGGGGCUGACGAUGGUAAAGACGAAAGCAAGAUUCCAAUAAUUUUUUUCUUACACUUUUCCAUUUCACAUAUUAAAACACAGAGUGUAGUAUUUUCAGACUUUUUUUCCCUGCCCUGCUUCCCUACAGGGUAUUUUUUACAUCUGAGCUAUUAGAAGUUGAAGACUUCCCAAUUAAAACUGGCUUAUGUAGUAAACAGGAUGUUUAAGUUGAUUUUAAUUAUCUUUAGGCAUAAAACAAUGGGUGCCUCAGAUAGCAGUAGGUUUGCAAGCCGAAACAAAGGGAAGCCAUGGUCCACAAUACAGACUGCUUUUGCAUUACUUAACAGCACUAAGGUGAACCUAAGCAAAUGACCUAAUCAGAUGAUGGUGUGCCUGUGUAUGUAUGUAUAUAUGCCUGCCAGGCCUGGCUUCAAGUAUACUUAAUCUGUAUCUGCAGCUACCAUCAUAUAGAUAUUAAGAAAACUUAAUAGGCAGUACUUGUUUUAAAAUGUAUGUAUCUGAAAAAACAUAAGGUUUGAGAAGUUUUUUUCUCAAUCUUAAAUAAUUUGGGGAAAUGUUUAUAAUUUAACCCUUAAAGAUCUUGUCUCUACAUAUGUUAUAGUUAUGUCCCUUAACUUUUUUCACCCACUUUGCAUUCUCUUAAUUAAGUUUUAACUGUUGUGUGUUCCAGCCAUUAAUGAUUUCCACCAUAUUUUUUCUGUAUAAUGCCAUGAGUGGCUUGACAUCACUAGUCAGGCUGCAGUACCUCCUAACUCAAUUGCAAAUUUCAUGGUCAAUGGAGCUUGUCCAUUUCUCAUAAGCAUCAUCCAGUUCACACUUUUAGCUAUCCAAUAAAAAUGUAUCACACUUUUUUUUUCAUUUCAGUUUGCCUUUUAGUAUGCAGCAUGAUCUGAAAGGAAUACAAAAGUGCAUUUCAUUAAAUAUAAAAUAUUAAAUAUAUAUUAUUCUGUUUUAUUUGAGCUGUACCAGGAUCCCACAAAUAAUAAAGUUGUAGGUUUGAUUAAUUUUGUGUUACAAAUGCUGUAAGUCCUGUAGGUGUCUUCUGAUGAGUUAACUUGAUAGAGUAUAUUCAUUUUGUUUAAAAACCCGAAAAACUAUUCUGCAGUACCCUGGAGAAAGGGCAAUGAAAACUUUGCCUAAUAUGUAUUAUCUACUAUAUAUUAUUAUUAUAACUUUUAUAACAGAACGAUAACCAAGGUGUAACUGAAAAAAAAAAAUAGUACAUGCAGCUAUUGGGAGUUAAAUUUACAGAUUGUAUGAAGUGAUUAUCGAGUUAGCUUAGUUUUCUUCCUGCUUGCAUUACUGACUAUUUGAAAUGCAAAAUGAAGAGUUCUCUUUCUUCAAAACCUUUAGGUCACACUGCUCAGUUUAGUGUCAAAUAGAAUAAGUGAGCAAAUGGAGAAAGUUGUGGCAUUAUGUUUAAGAAGCAAACAAAUGUAGCGUAUAUAUCUUGGCAUUGCAUAUCCCUGCUUUCUUUUUGGUUUUAUUUGAUUGAAUAGAAAAGUGACAUAGCAUUAAAUUUUCUGUCUAGAGUGAGAAAAGCCAGAACAAGCUAAUGUAAAAGGAAAUGGUGUUUAACUUUCCUUCUUUGAAAGGCAGUCGAGUCAAAUCUGCUAAGGUCCCUGUAUGGCUUGUCAUUGUUUUGGUUCUAGUUAUUCAUGAUGUUUUUAAACUGUUGGUCACUCAUCAUACCUAUUUAUACCUAUAUAGUUCAUGUUUCUCUAUCUGGGGAAUAAAGAUUCUGGCUAGAACAUAGAAAAGUAAAAUAUAUCAUUUACACCUAAAGAAGAUGAUGAUGAUGAUGAUGAAGACGACAUGGGGGUUACACCAUGAAGAAGUUUUUUUAGAUGCAGACAAACUUAACCCCAAGGUAUUGUAUAAAAUCAUGUGGCAAUUUUAUAAACUGAUUAUUAUAAACAUUGAUCGGGGCUUAAUAAUGAAGUCAAAGGGGAAUCUGACACUAAAUGGUAAAAAAUAAACAAAUAGCUUAUUGCCUAUCUGUUGCAUCUGAUAAAAGAAAAUGCAAAGUCCUACUGACGGUUUUGUAUAAAUCCCCGAUAUAUUGUGCAUUUAAAAAAAAAAAAAUAGAUGCAGUCAUUCAAAUAAAUGGACAGAAGAUUUUCUGCUAUAAUUGCAUCCUUCAAUAGCCAAGAUUAAAUCUUACAAAUAUGUCCCAUUUCUGGUUUCUUGCCAAAGGACUGUGCUAAAUACAGCUGUUCAAAUAGUUAAAAGAAGAAGCUGAGGAACAGCAUGAUUGUAAUGUCCAACCAAUAAUUUACAUUUCGCUCCCUAGCUGUCAUUUUAAUAACCUGCAGAUUCUCAUGUUCAGAAACCAGCAGUAGUAUUCUUGCAACGAAUGACUUUUACAUUUGAAAAGAAAACCUUUAGCAGCAGUGCGAUACGGUGUCAAUCAAUGCUUUACUUUUAUGAUGUUAAAUAAGAAUGUAUUACUUUGAACUCUAAGGGCUUGAAUAUACAGACCUGUCAAAACCCACUCAGUUUCUGCCUCUCCUACACAAAAGGAGUCUGAAUUUAAUGUUUUAGAACAUGCUGUAGAUAAGAAAGCAACAGGAAAAUACUACCAAGGGACAUGGAGGAUUUAACUUUUUGGUUCACUGAAUGUGCUUUCUUAGGACUGUGUGUUAGGCUAGGAAGCUUUCAGAAAGUAUUGGCAGCACAUCUGCUAAACAUGCAGGGCUACUUCUGCUUAUUCAAGUAAUGUAAUUUAACCCAAGCAUCACAUUGCACCGCUUAUCUUGUACAACAUAACUGAAGAGCUGCUACUUUGCUUGUUUUGGUGAAAAGGAAGCAUAAUUUAGAAUGUUUAGAAAAACAAAUCUAUACAGUUGGAAUAUGAACAUGUAGACUAUUUGUAAUAGUAAAAUAGAUGGUAAGUAAAGGUGAUUUCAUGAAAGCUGUAAUUGCUCGCUCUUCUUGUGUUCAUCCAUUAUUGCCAUACGUUAUAUAUUACCAUCUUGUCUCUUUUUCAUUGGCCAUGAUUUAUUUUUUUUUCCUCUUAUUCGGAUGAACUGCCACAACUGUUGUCCUGGUAAUUUAGUCUAUGCACUGUCACCUUGAGAAGCAAACAGAAAGCAAAAUUCUUGAAUGUAGAACCAUACUGAAUAUGUUUGUAUAAUAUAAGUGUUAUAAAAAUGGAAGAAAAUGAAAAAGAUAAAAUGGCACUGCUUUUUUUGUUAAAUAUGUAAAAUGCACAUGUGCAGUGUAUUAAGUAUAAAAAAUAUUUAAUAAUGUGUACAAAAGUCAACCAAAUAGUGGUAAGUUGACAUGAUUGGGAGUUUGUGUGCUAGCGGGUUCUACAUCUAAUUGUUUAUCAUUGUAAAUCGUUUGACUUUUUAUUAAACUUGACAGUUUUGGAUGAGUGUUGCUUAGCAGCAAACCCGUGCUAGUGACUAGGUUCCAUCAUGCAUUGUGAAGAAUUUCAGUAAAGGUUUGGUAUUUGUAAGUUAGACAUCUAUGUGUACACACUUUCCCUGUUUUGCUUGUUGUUGUAAUUACAGAUAAAAUAUAUGCAUUUAUAAACUUGUCUGCUGAAAAGUAACCCAUGUAUAGGUUGUAGGUAUACUAUUUGCUAAAAUGAAAAAAAGAAACUCAAGUGUUUUUUUUUUUUUUUCCUUACAUACUGCCUAAACUUAGUUUAACAUUUAACUGUGUCAUUUUGAAAUUUCUUCAGGCAUUGGUUUUAUAGGGAAACAUGCAAUAACAUUGUUAGCUGACAGCUAUCUUUUAGUUCAGAAAAUUUUGUUUUAUUUUAUUGGUUUAUCAAAAUCCAUUGCUCAAUUUCCUGAACCUAGUUUUUCCAUUUGAUGAUCAUGGGACACAAUAGCCAAUCCCAGGAGCAUUAAGAACAAGGCAGGAACUAAUCCUGGACAAUACAAUGUUGUUUAUUGUUUGGUUUACUCAAAUGUGCACAUUCUCAUAGGUUCAGUGUAGAGUCCCUGGGUUAGCCUAACUUGAAUACCUUGGAGACAAAUGUCCACUAGAGCAGGAAGUGAACACAGCUCCUAAGAAAUUUUGAUCGUCAAGUCCUAUACUGAAUCGUGGAGGAUUUUACACCAAUAUCCUUAUGAAACAAUGAAAACAACUGUGAAUGGAAUUUAAUGCCUUUAUAAUUUAAUCUUCAAUUCAAAGUCAUUUCAUUUUGCAAAUUUACCCCAAACCAACACACCUGCUAUUUCCACGGUUAUAUGUCCACUGUGAAUGCAUUGCCUGAAGCUAUUGCCAGAAAAAGCACACAUGUAUAGCUAUGCCUAUGAUGUCAAAGAAAUGUUUCCUAACAAUUAUUAAAAUGUUUCAUAAAACAAAAAGAAACCAUAUCCCAUUGUCUCUCUGUGUAAGCACUCUAUAAAUCUGCUACUGGUAUGCCAGUUCCUAAAAAUACAUUAUAUAUGUAUCUGGGAUUCCAGGAUUUAUUCAGAAAUGCAUAUUCACCCAUGUUCAAUCUGACUCGGAGUAUAUUCAUCAUAGCUUUCAGAGAGAGAUUGAAACCUAUAUAUAUAUAUAUAUAUAUAUAUAGGGUUUAAAAAAGUGUUUUGGAGAGUAUAUUAUGAACUGUGUCCAUCAGCUGUAAAUCAGUAUAUGUAGCACGCUGAUUUCCAAGACAGCGAUAGUCUAAAUCAAAUGCGACUCUCUCCAGUGAAGUAUAUGAGCACUGUGAUAGUUUCUCCCGUCUAAUUUACUCCAUCAUAAACUAUAUCUGUCGAGUACAUGUCUGUUGGCAGCAUUUCACCCAGAGCAAAUUUAUGUGAGUAUGUGUGAUCCACAGUGUUUUCCUGUCAGAUGCAGAGAAAACUGAGUGGCAGAGCAUCGUUCAAGCAGAACAAAAUUCUGAGCCUUCACUCGACUUGGUUUAUUUAGAUUAAAUCUUUAUUUUAUUAUUUUGUUCUUUAAAAAAUCUAAAAAAAGAUUUAUUUUCCCCUGUUAACAAGAAUCAAUAUAGAAAUCAAGUGAAGUAAAUGUAAAUAGCUUGGUGUUUAAUAGACUUUUAAAAAUAUCAGCUGUGCCAAGAUGCAAUGAAUACAUGGAUUUAUUGUUUAGCCAAUACAUAUAGUGCAUACCACACUACAAAUUUUUACAGAUGAACAUUUUAAUUUAUGUACAGGCACACAUACACAGCAGUGUAUGUACAUACAGUACAUGUUUAUGUGUAAAUGCAGUGUAGAACUGUGCAUUUAUGCACUUGAUACACAUCUCAGUUCAGUCCCCACCUACAGUAUGUGAGUCUGUAUAUAUUUUUCUUCUUAUAUGUAGUUAAAGGCCAGUUAAGAUUAUAGUCUCAAUUGUAAAAUGACGUCCUAUAAACUGCUUAUCUAGAAGACAUUACUUAGUAUUUGUAAUCUUUUCCUCAAGCUAUUCCACCAUGAUCAAAGUGAAAAAAACAAUUGAAACCCUGUUUUGUUCUUUGUCUCUAAGUUUGUUUUUCUCUUGUCAAAAACGACUGCUCCCUGCAAUUAAUCCUUGUCUGAAUUCACUAUCUUGAUGCAUUAUGCUGCUUGAAAGACAUGUUCUAAAACUCAAAACUUGGGGCAGCAUUUUCACCUUUAAAUACAUUGUAGAAAAUUGAUCAGUAGUGAUAGCUCAAAGAUAAAAGCUUUCUGACUUUGAAUCCUGCACUAGUGUGGAAUUGUCACAUGACAAUCCUGAAUUGGAUUAUGUAGGUUUGAUAUAUAGAUAGUUAUAGAUUUAUAUUAUUAGUUAUAAACAUAAUGCAGCUUGGCUUCCUCUGAUAUUAACAAUCUGAAUGUUAAAUUUGCUUUAGCAAAUAGCCUUUUCUGUGCAUUGGAAGGCACACUUUCAAGUUGAGUUGUUGUGGAUAUUUUUUUUUUCCUUGCUGUAAUUGCCUCAGUUUGAAGUUAUCAGGCUGGAACAAGUGGCAAAUCUAGUUUAUGCUUUGGAGGCAAAGUCACUGGGACUGACUUGUGUAGGAUGAGGUUGAAAGUAAAAGAUGUUUUGCAUUUUUUGAAUGAUACAGUAAUGGACCUGCAAGGUUUAUGCCUCUCCAAGAUGGCAAUGAUUUUAAUUUAACUGAAAGCUAAAUGCAGUACUGAAAGUUUUAUUUAAAGUGAGACAGAAUAUACAUUUGCUGCAUGAAGCAGCAUCUCUAGGAUAACAUGAUUUAUCUCUCUAAGCAUAUAAAUGAUUAUUUGUUUUAUUUUGCACUUUACAUCAAAACUACUAGAAAGAUGAAUGAGGCACUGAAUUAUUAAAAAUUUAUUUAAGAAAGUUGCAAUAGAUAUAUAUGCAAUGUAAGAUCCUGUGUAUUCUACAUUACAUGAAGCCAACAAUGAUAAAUGCCCUUUUGCCUGCGAUUUAAAAACAUAGGUCAUCAUGAAGCAUAAUCGGACUACACACACACACACACGCACACAAACACAAGGUGUGGAAAAUAAGUAUUGAACAUGCUAAUUUAAUACUUAUUGUUGAAGCUUUUGUUUGUAAUGACAGCUUCGAAAUACUUCCUAUAUGAAGAAACCAGUCACCUGCAGUGCACAGUUAUGAUUUUGACCCAUUCUUUUCAAGUGUCUGUCUUUAAAUUUUGAAGAUUCAAUUGGGCCCUCUUGUGAACCCUGAUCUUUAGAUCCUUCCACAAACGUUAAUUUGAAUUUCAGUCAGGUGAUAGACUGGGACAUUCUAACAACUUGAUUUUCGUUCUCUGAAACAAAUUGCGAGUUUUCUUGGCUGUAUGUUUUGAAUUGUCCUGCUGGAAGGCCCAUCCACGUUUCAUUCUCAUCAUCCUGGUGGUUGGCAGCAGAUUUAUUUCAAGAAUCUAUCAGUACAUGGCCCGAUUCCUUAAAUUACUUGGUCUACCAGUACCGUGAGAUGAUUAACAGCCCUGCACCAUGAUGCUUCCACCUCCAGACUUCACUGUUGGUAUAAUGUUUUUUGGGUGAUGUGCAGUGCCAUUUCUCCUCCAGACGUGGUGUGCAGUAUGAAGGCCAGAAAGUUCAACUUUGACCUUGUCUGAGCAGACUUCAUUCUCCCAGUAUAUCAAAGGCUUUAAACAAGUUUCAACAUGCCUUUCUUCAGUAAGAGUCUUGCAGGAUAAGUGUGCAUAGAGACCAUUCCAGUGGAGUGCAUUACUUAUUGUUUUCACUGUAACAAUUGUACCUGCUACCUCCAGGUCUUUCGGGAGCCCUUUCCAAGUGGUCCUUGGCUGUUGGGCUCCUCUUCUGGCUAUUCUUCUGAGUCCUUGGUCAAAAAUAUUGUGAGGAGAUCCUGUGUGUGGCCAGUUGAUGGUGGAGUGAUGUUCCACUUGUUGAUAAUGGCCCCAGUUGUGCUUACUGGAAGAUUCCGAAGUUUUUAAAUAUAUCCUUAACCAGUUCCAUUGAUAUAUGGUUUGCAACAGUCAGGUUGCGAAGGUCUUGGGAGAGCUCUUUGCUUUUACCUAUAAUGAGUUGUUUCUUGUGCGACACCUUGGUAACAGAGCACCUCUUUAUAGCCCAUCGAUAUGUAUUAACCCAGCUGAUAGCAAUUUGCACAGAUACGAGACGGAAUUACAUUCUAACUAACCAAUUUCAGCUGGUUCCUUGUCUUUUCUACCUUUUGGUGUACUGAUUUUUCUUAGUGUGUUCAGUAUUUUUUCCCCUGUGUCAUACCUCUUUAUUGCACAUAACUUUAUUUACAUCCUUUAAUGUUGUGAAUUCUUUAUGUUUGUGGAUUUCUCGAGUAAAUACUAGUUUCUGGUGAGAAUUUCAUGUGAAUAGCCUCAUUGGAAAUAUAUUUACUGAAAAAAAUGUUUAAGCACU